CUGCUGCCUGCUCCACAGGUGUCCAUUGAUCUGACAGAGGAAGUGGGAGAAGAGAAUGUGGAGAACAUCAAUCCAGGAACUUCAGAAGAGCAUAGGCAGGAAUCUGAUGCUAACCCUACCAUCCGAGUGUCUUCAUUGCACUCAGUGAGCAGCUUCAUUAAUGGGCUACAGAGACUUCAUGGCAUGCUAGAAUUCCUGAGACCCCCUUCAGACUACAAUGUGGGGCCAGUAAGAGCCAGAAGGAGGAGAGGGACUGCUUCACGCAGAGCGAGAACCGGAGGGUCUCAGAGGACGGACAGUGCCAGGUCCAGAGCACCACCGUUGGAUGCUUACUUUCAAGUGAGCAGGAGCCAACCUUCUUUGCCAACUACUUCUCAUGAUUCAGGGGCUAGCAAUCCUGUAUCUGAAGACUUGCAGGUACCAAGUAGUUCUGAUUCUGACAAUGAAAGUUCCAUAGAGUAUGAAGAGGUGGUUGUGCAGGCAGAACCUGAAGCUGCCAUUUUGGAAGAACAACCAGGAGGUGUUUCAGCAGAGCAAGAAGUUAUAUGUAGUGGUGGAAGAGACACAUUACCCAAGCAGCAGUCUCCCCAGAAGUGCAGUUCGCUGCUGCCUUCAGCUUCUACAGAUGAGGAAGAAGAAGGGGACACUUGCACAAUAUGUUUAGAACAGUGGACUAAUGCUGGGGAUCACCGGCUUUCUGCUUUACGCUGUGGGCACCUCUUUGGGUUUAGGUGCAUUUCUAAAUGGCUCAAAGGACCGACACGAAAAUGUCCCCAGUGCAACAAGAAAGCCAAGCACAGUGACAUUGUUGUCCUUUAUGCCCGAACCCUGAGAGCUUUGGACACUAGUGAACAUGAGCGCAUGAAAAGUACCUUACUACAGGAGCAGAUGUUAAGGAAGCAGGCAGAGUUAGAAACAGCACAGUGCCGGCUCCGACUUCAAGUCCUCACUGAGGAAUGCACUAAGCUUCAUAAUCGUGUCAAGGACUUGCAAAAACUUAUUCUGCAACAUCGGGAUCAGAUCUUAGUGAGCUCCCAAGGACAAUUCCUAAGUGGCUCGCCCUCCAAACUGCCCGAGCACAAGUACUAUUUCCAGAAGACCUUCACAGUGUCUGAGAGUGGAAACUGCCGAAUUAUGACCUACUGUGAUGCUCUGAACUGCCUGGUGGUGUCACAACCUUCUCCUCAAGCUACCUUUGUUCCAGGCUUUGGUGUUAAGAUGUUCAGUACUGCCAACAUGAAAAGCAAUCAGUACAUUCCCAUGCAUAGCAAACAGAUCCGAGGACUGGCUUUUGGCAAUCAGUCCAAAGGCUUACUUCUCUCUGCUUCCCUAGAUAACACUGUUAAACUGACCAGCCUGGAGACAAAUACGGUGGUCCAGACUUAUAAUGCUGGACGUGCUGUCUGGAGCUGCUGCUGGUGUCUUGAUGAAAACAAUUACAUCUACGCUGGACUGGUCAAUGGUUCAGUUCUGGUAUAUGACCUUCGAAACACGAGUUGUUAUGUCCAGGAAUUAGUACCUCAAAAAGCCAGAUGCCCACUGGUGUCCCUGUCAUACAUACCCAGAGCUGCCUCGGCUGUAUUUCCAUAUGGUGGAGUGUUGGCUGGAACCUUGGAGAAUGCUACCUUCUGGGAGCGAAAAACGGGCUCUUCUCAUCAGCCUCACGUGCUGCCCAUAGAGCCAGGGGGCUGCAUAGACUUUCAGACAGAAAGCAGCACCCGACACUGUCUUGUGACCUACAGGCCUGAUAAAAAUCACAACACUUUACGGAGUGUUCUGAUGGAGAUGUCCUACAAGCUGGAUGACGCUGGAGAGCCAGUCUGCUCCUGCUAUCCUGUACAGACAUUCCUUGGGGGGCGCACUUGCAAACUACUGACCAAAAAUGCUCUUUUCCAAAACCCAGAGAAGAGUGGCAGCAUCCUGGUGUGUAUUGGGGAUGAAGCAUCAUAUUCUGCCCUGGUAUGGGAUGCUAGCAGCGGCUCCUUGCUGCAGGGUCUGCCGACUGAUCAGCCUGUCUUGGACAUCUGUCCAUUUGAGGUGAACCAUAGCAGCCACGUGGCUACCUUAACAGAGAAGAUGGUUCAAAUCUAUAAGUGGGAGUGACCAUGGUCUUGAAACUUACAUUGCAUUGCCACUGGUUAAUGUUCAAUGUUGUUUGCUAGCAUCUACUAGCCUUGAGCAAGAUCCCUCCUUAUUGUCUGGCCUAGAAUUUUUGGGAACAUGAUUCCUUUGGUUUAGUAUGAUUGUAAGACUCCAGUUACUAAAACUACAGAUUGUGUAUUAUGUCCAUCAAAAGAGUAAGUGACUGUUAUUGUCUACAUUGUCCAUUUCUUGGGUUAAAAGCCUUCAUGAAUCUUUGUGGAGAAUCGAUACUUUCAUUCAAACUGUUUGUUGGACCGCAGAGAGUAUCUUCCCAGCAGUCAUUUAGGAUAUGAUUGUGCACCAGCCAUGUUCUAGGCCCUGUUUGAGUGGUCUUGUCACAUGGGCUAUUUGGUUUGGGAAUGCUUAUGUCCCUAAAGGGACACUAACCAUUGUAUGCAAGUGGAUGCAGAAUUUUUCAGUUGAACACAAGAGGGCAUUAUAGAACCUUGUGUAGGAUUUUAUCUAUUUCUGACCUUGUGGGCUGACAUUUUAGUAACUCAGUCUCAUCCCCAUAGAAGCGUGUGGUAGAGCACAUCUGGUCUACUUUGUGGCAGCUACGGUUAUAUUCCAGUUGUGCAGUUGCUAGAAUAUGAGCAAGCUCUAUGAUGGAGGCAGCUGUAAUGAGCUAUUGACAACUUUCCUAAUGCUGAAGGCAUUCAGUUCAUUGCAUUGUGAGAGCCACGGAAAGAGGCCAGUUGUUGGAGCAGUGGGACGACAUUUUUGUAGCCAGCCUAAGAUCUCAGGGAGAGUUUUAUACAAACCAGUGCUUUGAAGACCAUUCCUUUUCCCUCUCAUUAGGAAAAGAUGAGCAAGCAAUAUGUUAAAGCUCUUGAAUCUCUUAGUAUCAUAUUAGGAGUAAUGGGCUAAUUUUGCAAAAGAGACUGACAAAAGAGAAGCUGCUCAGACUGCUGCUGAAAAUAGGAGAAGGGCCUGUCACUUUCAGUUCUGAAAGUUCCCAUCUGAAUAAAGCCACCCCUUCGGAGUGAGAGGCUAUUCUUGAGCAUGUUUAGAAUUCCCAUGUAAAGCCUUCCCCAUGUGAAAAUGAUGUCUGAUUCCAGGUUUCAUUCAUAUAUAUAUAUAUGUAUGUGUAUAUAUAUGUAUGUAUGUAUAUAUAU